AUGACCCAACAGACACCAGUCCCUCCUCCCGUGUACGGGCAGCCAGUCCCUCCGCCCGCACCACCACCUGCCGCUGCCCCAGCUGCGGCGACGACGACGGCAGCCACCGGAUCGUCCAUGUCCAACCAGAACUUGAAUCAAAUAGUUACCGAUUACUUGCUUAAAAGGGGGUUCAACCGUACUGAAGAAAUCUUUCGCCAGGAGUCGAAACAUCUUGGCUCAGAUGGAAAGCCGAUUCACCAACCCGCAUCACUCGGGCCAAAAAAGUAUGGCAAAGCAUACAGACUUCUCAAGGCGUGGGUGUUCAACAACCUCGACAUAUACAAGUUUGAGUUGUCAAAACUGCUCUGGCCAGUCUUCGUCUACUCCUACAUCGCCCUCAUUGAAAAUGGAUAUACCGACGACGCCAAAAUCUACCUGAAAGACAUGGGCCCUCAGUUCCAAGGGGCCCAUGCUGAUGACUUAAAGACAUUUGCCACCAUCACACUGCCGGCACAUACUUCCGAGAAUCCCAUUAUCAUGCUCUACAAGAAGAAUAAAUACAGAAUUCCGCUCAACCAACAUGCCACUGGGGACUUGUUCAACUUUCUCGAGCGCGAAUCCGAACAGGGAGGCACAGUUAUCCGUCAUAUUCUAGUCAAUCACUGCCAGAUUGAUUCCACACAGCGUGGCCCCAUUACUCCAUUCAGCUUCGAGUCUGUUUUCCGGCGAGCCAAAAACAUGGAUGUGGAUGAUAUCGAUACUAGAGAGGGUGUGCCGGGUAUCAAGUUGGGUCUUUCAAACAAGGAUGUUCUCGAUCCAGGUGCUCCUCUUCAGCUUGGCCCACUUCCUAUGGAGGCUGAACUGCGCGACGAUGUACGUGCCGAACUCGAGGAUGAGGAAAAGCGCAAUCCCUCCGCGCCGGGCACUUUGACGCUUUUGGACGAAUUUGACCAAAAGAUAAAACGAGAAGACAGUGAUGAUGCUCCAAACCGAGCUGAUUUGCCUCUGCCCCCGUCAAGACCGCGAGACAUAAUGUUGGAGAUGCAAAAGCUCCGCGAAAAUAGGGACCGAUUUAAAAUUGAAGGUCGCACCGGGGGCGUUGGGGUCGCUGUCAGUGCCUGCAUGUUCACAUUCCACAAUACUCUAGGCAGUGUUGCAUGCAUGGACUUUUCUGAUGAUGGGCAGCUCGUUGCUGCUGGCACUUCUGAAUCAUAUAUCAGAGUUUGGUCGUUGGAUGGCAAGGCUUUGACAUCCAUGAAUGCACACGAAAAGGACUCCAAGUUCAACAGCAGAAAACUCAUCGGACACUCUGGACCUGUAUACGACGUGUCGUUCUCUGACUCGGCUGCGGGCGCACCGCAGCGACUGUUUGGAAAUGAAGCUCAGCCAGGUGCCAAGCUAGAUACCAAGUCCAAACUGCUGUUGUCUUGCUCCGCCGAUGGCCAGAUUAGACUAUGGUCUCUUGAGUCAUGGUCCUGCCUGGCUGUAUACAGGUCUCAUGACGGGCCAGUAUACCGAACACAAUGGGGCCCCCAUGGGCACUACUUCCUCAGCGGCGGCUACGACAAGACUCUCCGACUCUGGAUGCAAGAUCAUGCUUCGCCUCAGCGCUUACUUGUUGGGCACGAUACAUCUCUUUCCGCUCUUACUUGGCACCCCAAUGGCAUGUACGCAUUUUCCGCCUCUGACGAGACAGACAAGUCGAUCCGCAUGUGGUCUAUCGUCACUGGUGGCUGCGUGCGAGUAUUUUCCGGCCACACCGAUUAUAUCAGUGCUCUAGAGUGUGCACCCAACGGUAAACUACUCGCCAGCGCGGAUAUUGCUGGCAACAUUUUCUUUUGGGAUAUUGCCAAGGGUACACGUAUCAAGCGCUCUCGUGGUCAUGGAAAGGGUGGCAUCUGGUCUUUGAGUUUUAGCGUCGAGUCCACGGUGCUUGCCUCUGGUGGGCAAGAUGGUACGGUUCGCCUGUGGGAUGUGGAAUCUCCGGCCGACCCCCAAAAGGCGGCACAGCAAGCAGGCCUGGACGCCGGAGCGCUUGCGGGUGCGGAUACUCUGAACGCGGGUGCACAGGAUGUUUCCCGUUCGGUAGGAAGCGCGGCUCAGCAAGGCUCGGCCUCGACGAACGCGCCAGGCAGCUCCAAGAAGAAAGGCAAGGAGGUCAUGAUCACUCCAGACCAGAUCAGCGCAUUCCCUACCAAAAAGACGCCAGUCACCAAAGUCAAGUUCACAAGAAUGAAUCUGGUGGUGGUUGGAGGCUGCUACGAGCCUGAGCGAUAG